GUAAAAACCAUUGAAUUGAUUCUUUUAUAUAUUCAAUCCUAGUCCAAGUGCAUUAUUGUGAAUUGCAGAGGGAUCUAGCAAGGAGGGAUAUGAUGAACAGAUCUUUUUUCUCGCGUAACACCGUCCAGAUCGGUAGAAAGGUUGCUUAUAAUCAAAGACAGACGUUUACCACCAAUGCCAAACUUCCAAUCUUGAAGUCAAGCGUACUUCCAAGAUCAAUUUUAUGGGCAGUUGGGUUGGCUGGAGCAGCCGUAGGUGGGUUCUAUUUGGCAGACGCAAGAUCUGCGUUCCACGAGUAUGUUCUAUGCCCAAUUAUCAGGGCCUCCACCAGUGCUGAACAAGGUCAUAAGUUAGGUAUAUUUUUCAUGAAGUAUGGGUUGACCCCAAGAUUGCUUGAUGAUGAAACAUACGACACCUCCGAUGUCUUGGGAGUAGACGUUUUUGGAACCAAGUUGAAAUCACCCAUUGGGUUGGCUGCUGGUCUUGAUAAGGACGGUGAAGCUAUUGAAUCAUUGUUCAAUUGUGGGUUCUCUUACGUCGAGAUUGGUUCCAUUACUCCAGAACCCCAACCUGGUAACCCGCAGCCUCGUUUCUUUAGAUUGCCAAGAGACGAUGCUGUGAUCAAUAGAUAUGGCUUUAAUUCAAGCGGACACUUUAAUGUUGUGGCCACUUUGAAGCUUCGUUUUGAAAAAUUACUUCAGAAAUUUCAAAGAAACAACUCGCCAGACUCUGAAAUUCCUUCCAAUGCUUUUAGAAAUGGUAAAUUGUUAGCAGUCAACUUGGGUAAGAAUAAGUUUGGUGAUGAAGUCACCGAUUAUGUCAAAGGUGUUGAGAGAUUGGGUCCUUAUGCUGAUGUUUUGGUUAUUAAUGUUUCGUCUCCAAACACCCCGGGCUUGAGAGAUUUGCAAAACGAACUGAAACUCACAAGCUUAUUGUCUACUGUUGUUGCUGAAAGAAAUGUCUUGCAGAAUAACUUAUUGGGUAAAAAGCCUCCAGUGCUAGUCAAAGUUGCUCCUGACUUAACUGAACCUGAAAUCGAGUCUAUUGCCACUGCAGCUAAAACUGCCAAGGUCGACGGUAUCAUUAUUUCCAAUACCACCAUCCAAAGACCAAAGAGUACCUUGAAGACCACUGACAACAAUUUGGUUGACCAAACCGGUGGGUUAUCUGGUAAACCUUUGAAACCCAUCGCUUUACAGGCCUUAAGACAUUUGCGCAAGUACACCAAGGACUCAGACUUGGUCCUUGUGGGAUGCGGUGGUAUCUCUAGUGGUAAAGAUGCUUUGGAAUUUGGUAAAGCUGGUGCUACUUUUAUUGAGCUUUAUACCGCAUUUGCCUAUAAGGGUCCUGGUUUACCAGGUAAAAUCAGAGAUGAGUUGAUUGCCGAGUUGAAGAAGGAAGGCAAGACAUGGCAACAGAUCAUUGGUCAAGAUGACAAGUAAAACUGUAUUAAUCUUUAGAUACUAACUAAUAUAAACGUAAAUUUUAACUGCAAAAUACACCUUCCGGCCUCUACAC